AUGUCUUCGUCACGUCCAAGCGGUGGUCGAAAUUUCACGGACGCAGAAUUGGCCAGAUAUCUGAACUAUGAUGGUGUCACUAGUGAUAGCGAUGGAGAAACUGAGGGGAGUGAAACUGAGGAUUAUUUGGAGGUUGAGGAUUCUGAACAAACUGAUGAAGACGACGAGCCAAUGGAGGUAAUAUCUACCAGUUCACCCAGAAUAGAAUCACCUGUUACUCUCGAAGAAUCUACGAGAAGCCAGUAG